GGACCGUCGACGCCAUCUACGAACUAAAGCCGAGUGUAGCUACCUAGCAAUGUCAUCAGACACCGACGCGGUCACGUCAUGGAAGCUGAGAUCACCAGGUGCUAUUCGCGGGCUCCCAUUGGCUGUGCGCGCCGCCUUUUUGCCUAAUUCGGCACCUGCUCCCCCCACCCAGCAAUACCUGGGUGCCUCCUACCUAACUACCUACCUCCUACCUACCUUCGUUACUUUCUAUAGGUACAGAGGAGGCAGGUACCUAGGCAGGUACGGUAGACUCACGACUCUGUGCCUAUCUCGAGUCCUCUCUUUUCUGCUCCUAUCCGUCAACAUCCGGCCAGCCGGAGGCCAGGCCCACGCCUGUGACGAACACCUCCGAUGCUCAGUGCCGCUGCACGCCGUGAUCGACCCGUCGUGCUUUUCUACUCGGUUCCUCGCCGCCGGUGCCCUGUCGCCGCUGGGUCUAUGUGUGUCUCGAGUCUCCGCAGUGCUCCUCCCCUCCUUUUCUCGUUCCCACGAAGCUUCGGGUGCUAGGAACCGAGGUCUUUUUGAGAAAGACCGCAUCACGAGUCUCGGUCUCGCACACAGAAUUGCUGCUAUAUACCCGUCAUAGAUGUAGAUGACGCAUGCCGUCCGACAUUGGACGGACGCCUUUCUAGCAUGUAGCCGCAAGAGGACACAACUUUAGUUAGAUUCCAUGCGGUAUAAAAAUUACCAUUGCCGCCUCCUCUCGUUGAGCUUCGCCCGCGGGCUUAACUGCGAAAGCGCUGUGAGACUCGGUUCGUACCACGGAAGGCCAGGC